AUGGAAGAGGCCCCAGAACUAUUGGUGAUAUAUCACACACUUAAUUUGUCUACUCUUAAAGCUGAUUUGGAGGGUAUCGCCAUGAACACGAAUCAGUCUCUGUUAGGUCAGUUAUUGAUGCAUGCCCACAAGGUGUUUGACAUAAUGUCUAUGUUAGCUUUUCACUCAGAUGAGACUAAUUUUGGCUACCUUUCAUGUCGAUAUGCACCAAAAGGACUCGAGAACAAGAUAAUUGAACUACAAGACUUGGAAUUUAGGUUCAGUUUUACUACUAAAUCAAUGUUUAUUUGUGAUGGCUGGUUAGCAGCUAUUCAACUUGUUAACAAUCUCAUCAAAGAUGGUUUGACAACCAAAGCAGGAACUCUAUUUGUCAUGUUAUUGAAGCUGGGAAUAUUUAAGAGGACAUGUUUGCUAAUGAGGUGGCCAAUGCUAAUGCUCAAGUCUCUAGUCCAAAGGCUAAAUGAGAAUCUAAUCAGAACACAAGUUCUUUGGGUAUCACAUCUGCAGCUUCAGCUGAAUCUUGAAAGUUCCAUGGUCUGUAAUCCAAGUGGUCUAGAUACUGAAGAACCACUACCAGUAGCAGUUUUCGACUUGACAACCUGUGAAUUGGGUUCUCUUAUAACCCACGUACUGAAGAACCACCCGAUCAGCACCUCCCCACCUCCUGCUAUUGGUUUACAAAAUCCUUACAAUCCACGUACUUCUCAUGUGAUUAGCAUGAUCACCAGAAAGGACUUGAUAUUUGAGGACUCAACAACACCUGAGUCUGAUCAAGGUCAGAUUGCUGCCCAAGAUACUGCAGAGACAUCUGUUAUGUUCUAUGGUUUAGCUGUGGUGACAUUUGGUACUGCUGUUCCAGCUGGCCAAUUUGUUCCAGGUAUAAUGAUUGGAUCUACAUAUGGACACCUUGUUGGCAGGUUUGUUGUUAGACUCUAUGAAAAGCUCAACAUUGAAAAAGGAAUAUAUGCUUUGCUUGGAGCUGCCUCGUUUCUAGGAGGUUCAAUGAGAAUGGCAGUCUCACUUUGUGUUAUUAUGGUUGAAAUUACAAAUAAUUUAAAUCUCUUACCUCUUAUCAUGCUUGUUCUCCUCAUAUCAAAAUCGAAAGUAGACUUUCAGCAUAGCCCAUCAAGUAGGCACAGUCUUAGCGACUUUGUGAAGCCUAUUUCUAGUAAAGGACUAUCCAUAUCUGAUAUCCAUCUAACUCCAGAUGAUUUGGAAGCUUUGGAAGAAACGAGACUCAAGCAAAACUAA